UUGGCUCAGCCUGGGCAUAUUUCCUCCUAGCUCUGGCUAAACCUCAGCACGAACUGCUGGACAGACAGACGGAGCAGUCUAUGCACAGCCUGGGAGGGAGCUUGCUGUGCUCUGCACCAGGACUAGAGCAGAGCGUGGGACCAUGCUGUUCAUCUGGGUGCUGGUGUUUGCUGGAGUCCUGCAGGAACAGGAGCUCUUUGCUGCUGCAGACCCUACCAGUCUGUUACCUGGAAGUUUGGGAAGCUGGUGCCAUGAACACGAUACAAUGCACGAACGCUUAGAUAUUAUUGAAGAGAAGGUAAUAAAAACUGUGGAGCAUCUAGAAUCAGAAGUCAAAUCACUCCUCAAUAUCAUCAGUGAGACAACAUCAGACCUCCCCAUCGCCGGAGGAACCCCACUGAUAGACAUUUUUGAUGAUGCCAGCUGAGCACAGCAGAGACUGAAGACAGCUGAAUCUAACAGGAUGGCUGUUAUGAACAGUUGCAAAUUUGUUCAUUUAAAAAGUUCCCUGGUGUUUCCAGAACUUGAGAAGAGAUGUACAAUCCUGAAAGUACUUCUCAUUCUGUGUUCUUUUGCUUUUCAAUAAAAAGUUAUUUGCUUUUAGAUAUCAUUUCAAAGCUUCAUGUUUUACAUCUUUCAGUGGCCGUACUUAAUCAAAAGUGCAUUUCAAGUACAGCAUUCUCAGUAAGAAAAUAAGAUCAGACAGGGUGCCAGAGCAAAAUGCAGCUAACAAACCUCCCAUAAUUCACAAAUACCUUCCUUCCCUGGAAAGGAACUGAGUCCUCCCUGUGAGUGCAAAUAGUUGAAGAUACUUUCAGCUGCAAUUUCCUCUUGAGAUAAUUAGAUUGUCUGACAAAAACAGACAUGGCAUGGUCUGGCUUUGGUCACAUUGCUGUCACUGACUGAAGUAAGAGUCCUUGUUGCAAAUCCAUGUCAAAUCUUGUAGAUAGGUUGCACAGCCUGCUGGAUUUUUCUGCUAGGUUUACACUCUUUACCUGCCUUGCUGUAGUGACAAUGCAACCUCAAAUUCAUUCCAACAUCUAUCCCAUUUAAUGGAGGAGGAAAAAGAAAUACCUUAAGACAAAAGCAUCAUUGAAACAUGCAAAGGAGUACAGACAGGGGAACCAAAAGGUUUCAAAAAGAAAAAGCAUAUACUUUAAAAGAAGAUAAAUGUUUUAAGUCCUUAUCUAUUUACCUGUUUAUCUCACACAAGCAUUUUUCCCCACUAAAUAAUGAUACUGUUCCAUUUUUUCAAAAUCUGUUUAUGGUUUUAAACAUACAUUCAAAACAUCUGAGUUCUUCUAUGACAAACAGCAACACAACUUCUUCUAGGUAAAAAAAGACCUAUCUGGCCUUUACUUAUCAUGUGUGCAGCAAGCAGAGAAUUUUGCACAUUGUUGAUUAAUAAGCCAUCCCUUUUAAGUAACCUAUCUCU